AUGGAUAACAGUUCUGCAUCGGUGUUCCUGACUGACAGUUUGGAGUUGGAACUGGGAACGGAAUGGUGCAAACCUCCUUGCUUUUCUUGUGCUUUUGAAGAUAGAGGAGGAAAAGGUUUCUCUGGAGAGUCCUACCUUUCCAGCGGAGCCCUUAAACGACUAAUUUUGAAUCUUGAUCCUUUACCAACCAAUUUUGAAGAGGACACAGUGGAAAUAUUUGGCAUUCAAUGGGUUACAGAAACUGCAUUAGUUGACUCAACUAGAAAACUUUUCCACUUACUCAGGCAACAGCUAUACAAUUUGGAAACCUUACUACAAGCCAACUGUGAUUUUGGGCAGAUAUCAGUUCUUCAUCAUAAAGCAGACAAUAUCAGGCAACAGUGUGUACUGUUUCUUCAUUAUAUUAAAGUUUUCAUCUUCAGGUACCUGAAAGUACAAAAUACUGAGAGUCAUGCUCCUGUCCAUCCCUAUGAGACUCUGGAAGCUCAGCUUCCCUCAUUGCUGGUUGAUGAGCUUCAUGGAUUGCUUUUGUAUAUUGGACAUCUGUCUGAACUUCCUAAUAUUAACAUAGGAGCAUUUGUAAAUCAAAACCAGAUUAAGCUCUUUCCACCAUCAUGGCAUUUAUUACAUCUCCACUUAGAUGUCCAUUGGCUGGUGCUAGAAAUUCUUCAUAUUUUGGGAGAAAAAUUAAAGUAUGUGGUAUAUGGUCAUCAGUUUAUGACUCUGGCAGGUGACAAUUUAACCAAUGUCAGCCUAUUUGAAGAACAUUGUGAAAGUCUCCUUUGUGAUUUAAUAAGUCUAUCACUCAACAGGUAUGACAAGGUUAGACCUUCAGAGGCAUUAAUAAAUCACCAUUGCCCAUGUUCAUGCAUUAAAGAAUUAUGGGUUCUACUCAUUCAUCUUCUGGACCACAAAAAUAAAUGUUCUCUCACAGAAUCAUUUUGGAACUGGAUGAACAAACUACUCAGAACACUGUUUGAGAAAUCAAGUGACCGGCAACGACCAGUGCCUAUAACCAAGUCCAGGGAUCCAUUAGGUUUUUGUUGGUGGAUUACUACUCAUUUAGCAUCAUUUUAUCAAUUUGAUCGCCAUGGUGUACCAGAUAAAAUGAGACAAAUGGAAUCAAAUUGGAAUUUUGUAGAAGAACUGCUGAAAAAGUCCAUCAGUGUUCAGGAUGGUAUACUGGAAGAGCAGCUACGAAUGUUUCUUCUUUGUUGUUUAACACUGUGCCAUUUCUGGGAGCCAAACAUCACAAUUGUCACAAUUCUGUGGGAAUCUUAUAGUAAGAAUCUAAAUAGUUCUUUCAGUGUUUCUUGGCUUCCUUUGAAAGGCCUUGCAAAUAUCAUGAAGUCCCCAAUGGCUAUGCUUGAAAUGGUGAAGACCUGCUGUUGUGAUAAACAAGACCACGACCUUUAUGAAUCCAGCAGUAGUUAUAUAAUUUUUCUUUGUAUUUUGGCAAAAGUUGUUAAGAAAGCACUGAAGAGCAAUGGCUCUCAUCCUUGGAAACAAGUCAAAGGAAGAAUAUAUUCUAAAUUUCAUCAAAAAAGAAUGGAAGAACUCACGGAAGUUGGUCUCCAGAACUUUUUCAGCCUUUUUCUAUUAUUAGCUUUUGUUGCAGAGGUAGAAGAUGUAGCAAGUCAUGUUUUAGACCUCCUGAACUUCCUUAAGUGGGCCUCUAUCACAGCUGCUCAAAGGACUCUCAUUUGGAAGGGUCAGAUGGCCUUCCUUCUAUUGUAUGUCCAGAAAAACUUGGAUAUUAGUGUUUUGGCUGAAAAACUUUCAAAUGCUUUCCGGGAGAAAGCAAAGGAAUUCUUAGUAUCUAAGAAUGAUGAAAUAGGGCAGAAACAGGCUCUUUGGACUCUUCUUUCCAUUUACAUUGAUGGUGUCCAGGAAGUCUUUGAGACCAGCCAUUGCUUGCAUCCUUCCCAUGAGAAACUGCUUAAUGAUGGAUUUACUAUGCUUUUACCUGCUUGUCGAGAAUCUGAACUUAGGACAGUAAUGAACUUUCUACAGUCUGUUCUGGCCAGAGUCAGGAGUAUGCAUCAACAAUUGUGUCAGGAACUUCAAACAGUGAACGUGGACCUAAUUGUACAAUCUUCAUUAUCAGCUAAAGAGCGCCACCUUGCUGCUGUUGCCGGUGCACUGUGGAAGCACUUCUUUUCGUUUUUGAAGACACAGAGGAUGUCACACAUAGUGCCUCUCUCACAACUUGCAGAUGCAGCUGCAGAUUUUACUUUGCUAGCAAUGGACAUACCCAGCACAGCUCCAUCAGAUUUUCAACCUCAACCAGUUCUGUCAAUGAUUCGACUUUUUGGUUGGGAUGAUAUCAUCAGUCCCCAAGUUGUAGCAAGAUACUUAAGUCAUGUCCUACAGAAUAGUGCAUUAUGUGAAGCACUCUGUCAUUCAGAUUGUGUGUCUUUUCAAGCCUUAACUGUGAGAUCAUGGAUUCGCUGUAUUUUGCAAAUGUAUAUAAAGAACUUCUCAGUGCCUGAUGAUUUAUUCAUUGACAUAAAUCCUGAACAGUCCAUUGAGAAAGAAUACUUGGAACAGUUGGCUGAACUGACAAGGUUGCUGUUUAAACUACCAGAAGUAAAGAAUAUUUUCUCAAAGGCUCAAGUUGAAUAUUUAACCGUCUUAGAAGACCCUAAAAAAGCACUUGUUCAAUUCCUUGAGGCUGUUGGUAUAACUUACAGAAAUCUACAGACACUUUCCGAUAAAUCUGCCAUGGUAACAAAAUCCCUAGAAUACCUUGGUGAAGUAUUAAAAUAUAUAAAACCUUAUUUGGGGAAAAAAAAUUCCAGUGCAGGCCUACAGCUGGCUUAUGGCAUGAUGGGAAUUCUUGUUAAAUCAUGGGCACAGAUCUUUGCCACCUCAAAAGCCCAAAAAUUACUAUUCCGGAUCAUUGAUUGUUUGUUGCUGCCACAUGCAGUGCUACAGCAAGAAAAGGAGCUGCCUACAGCUAUGUUGACUGCAAUUCAGAAGAGUCUUCCUUUGUAUCUCCAGGGCAUGUGUACUAUAUGCAGCCAGUCUCAAAAUUCAAACACCUAUUUGAAUCAAUUGCUUGGAAACGUUAUUGAGCAGUAUAUUGGACGGUUUCUUCCAGCCUCACCUCAUGGUUUAGGUGUUGGACAACAUCCUGUUUUGUUGGUACUGAGAAAGUCAGCAGCUGCUCCCCCUGUGUCAUCUCUAAAGAAAUGCAUUGUACAAGUCAUAAGAAAGUCUUAUUUCCAGUUUAAAGGAUCCUCACCCCCACCCCGCCUAGCAUCCAUUUUGGCCUUUAUCUUCCAACUCUCCAAGGAAUCGAACAUAGACAUCUGUGAUGUUGAACUCCUCCUCCCUGGUGUUUUAAAAUGCUUGGUGAUGGUCAAUGAACCUCAAGUUAAAAGGCUGGCCACAGAGAACCUGCAGUACAUGGUAAAAACCUGCCAAGUGGGGUCGGAAGGAGGACCUGCUGCCCAGCUGACUUCUGUGUUUAGGCAGUUUAUUCAGGAUUAUUGCAUGACAUACAGUUACCAGGUUUACAGCAUCUUAGAAACCGUAGCAACACUGGACCAACAGGUUGUUAUCCUCUUGAUUUCUACCCUUACUCAGUGUCUGAAGGAUUCCGAGCUGAAAUGCGGCCUUGGUAGAAAUAUUGCUCAAAGGCAAGCCUACAGCAAACUUUUAUCUCACCUUGGACAAAUGGGACAGGAUGAGAUGCAGAGACUGGAAAAUGAAAAUAUUUAA